GAAUAAGCCCAGUUAUCUCGGCAAACUGGAUGCGCACCGUGAAGGUUUUUUGUCUCAGGUCUUCUGGCCUUGAAUUGGACGCAGUUCUUAACAUCCUCAGGUGGUUUCCCUAUCUGGAAAAGCUCUACAUCAUUUUUCAAAAACACAAUGAGAAGGAUAAGAAAAAUCAUCCUCAAUAUGACCCUUUAUAUCCAAUCGAAUGCCUUCAGACCCGUCUAAAAAAAGUGGUGUUUAAGGCAUUCAUAGGCUAUGAGAAACAGGUUAGCUUUGCGAGGUUCUUUGUUUUGCAUGCAAAAGCCCUCAAAAAAGUUGAAUUUGAAGUAUAUGGCGAGUGCAACACUCUAUCGGUGGCUUAUCAUCACACACUGCUAAAAGUGGAAAACAGAGCUUCUCGGGAUGCUCAGUUUGAAUUCAGGAGCAACCAUCGUCGUACUGAGUAUGAUGCACAUAUCCAUGAUUUGUCCGUGGCCGACCCCUUCGGAUAGCUGUAGACAGGGUUGAUUCCUGAAGAUUGCACCGUCUUAGUGUCUUGUGCUCAUUCUGUAGAUGAAGUUGAUGCGUGGAGAUUACAUUGUCUUCUAGAUGAGUGUGCUCAAUUCUAGUUUAAAGUUCCUCUGUAAUUCCGGUACUUAUGAAGUUACCCCUGUUAAAACUGCAAAA